AUGGAUGAGUUUCAGAUAGCCAAAUCAAUGGCCGAGAUACUGGACAGACUGAAAAGCGGCGGAGGCGGCGAUCAGGGAAGAAGAGGCUCGGCGGAGCUGGGCCGCGAGGAGCGGGAGCUGGCGAGGCUGGAAGGGAUGACGGCGGAGCUGGCUCUUCGGCAGGCGAGGGCCACCAACGGGGACUUCAAGACGGCGAUGGUGGAGGCGUCGCUUGGGGUGUCGAAGGAGCUGGCGACGAUUAUGGCCGCGACGGUGGAUCCGGUGGUGGCAGGGUUGAGGAAGGCGUCGGUAGAGGAGGGAGGAGGGGAGGUGUGCGGGGUGUGCCAGGAGGAGAUGGAGGUGGGGGAUGAGGAUGUCAAAGCCAUGGCCAAUUGCAUGCACAAGUUUCAUGGCUACUGCAUCUUCAAGUGGCUUAAGCAAAAGGGCGUUUGCCCUCUGUGUAGGGCUCUGCAUGUAGUCAAUUGUUGA